GCCUUUGCCAGCACUCUGCUGGCAUGCUAGUUGGCCUUGGUGUCAUUAAAAAGGAGUGAAAAUUUUCAUUUCUGCCGUAAUCGCUGGUAUUUCCGCUCAAAAUGUCCAGAUACGUGGCACGAGUGGGUCCCAGAGUAUCUUCUGCCCUGGCGAAGUAUGUUUACAACUGGGCCGGAUUCAAUCAGUACGGGCUCUAUAGGGAGGACAUUCUGUACGAAGACGACGAUGUGCAGGAGGCAGUUCGUCGUCUUCCGCGGGAUUUGUACGAUGCCCGGAACUUCCGCAUCAUCCGCGCUCUGCAGCUGUCGAUGACCAAGACCAUUCUGCCCAAGGAGCAGUGGACAAAGUACGAGGAGGAUGUGAAGUACCUCGAGCCCUACCUGGACGAGGUCAUCCGGGAGCGCAAGGAGAAAGAGGCUUGGCUGAAGGAGAAGUAAAAGAGAGCAGAAAUUGAUUGGUAAAUAAAUUAAUGUCUAGAUAUAAA